AACUUAUGUUGCUGGCGCCAUUCUGACAAGCGUGUGUUCCCCAUCUUCUCUUAGUACCACUAAACAGAGCUUUUCUUUGCUUCUGUCACAGGCCGGUAGUCUGCUUUUCUUCACCUCCAGUCCUUCUUUGAGAUAUAUCCAGUGAUGGAUAUGGACGGUGCUAGUUCGGUGGUGCUGCAGGCCUUAACCCAAGCCACCAGUCAGGACACAGCUGUGCUAAAGCCUGCAGAGGAGCAGCUCAAGCAGUGGGAGACGCAGCCGGGCUUCUACUCGGUCCUCCUGAACAUCUUCAAUAACCACAUGCUGGAUGUGAACGUCAGGUGGCUGGCAGUGCUGUACUUCAAAAAUGGCAUUGACAGAUAUUGGAGGAGAGUUGCCCCCCAUGCUUUAUCAGAGGAGGAGAAGACAACAUUACGUGCCGGGCUCAUCACAAACUUCAACGAGCCUGUCAAUCAGAUAGCGACCCAGAUCGCGGUGCUGAUAGCCAAGGUAGCCCGUCUGGACUGCCCCAGGCAAUGGCCGGAGCUCAUCCCUAUUCUGCUGGAGUCGGUCAAGGGCCAGGAUGGCCUGCAGCAGCACAGAGCUCUACUCACUUUCUAUCACGUUACCAAAACCCUCGCGUCCAAACGUCUGGCACAGGACAGGCGGCUUUUUCAGGAUCUGGCGUCAGGCAUUUACAGCUUUGCCUGCUCCCUGUGGAGCCACCACACGGACUGCUUCCUCCAGCAGAUCUGUGCCCGAGAUGAGACGGCAGCGCUGGCCUCGCUGGAGAGAACGCUGCUCUCUCUCAAAGUACUACGUAAGUUGACAGUCCAUGGAUUCCAAGAGCCACAACAGAACAUGGAAGUGAUGGGUUUCCUGAAUGCGGUGUUUGAAAGGCUAAAGCAGUUCUUGGAAUGCUGUCGACAAAUUGGUCGAGAGAGCACUUGUCGAGAAAAGCUGGAGAAGACGAUUAUACUAUACACUAAAGUUUUGUUAGAUUUCCUGGAGUACCAUCCCUGCGCGUUUAUACCUCUGAUCCAGCGCUCGCUGGAAUUCGCUGUGAGCUACGUGUUCACGCCAGCCGGGGAAGGCGUCACCUUCGAGCGCUUCAUUGUCCAGUGCAUGAACCUCAUCAAGAUGAUUGUGAAGAAUGACGCCUACAAACCUGCCAAGAACAUUGAGGACAGCAAACCUGAAAGUCUUGAGGCUCACAAGAUCAAGACUGCUUUCUUCACACACCCCACGCUUACAGAGAUAGGACGCCGGCUCGUCUCGCAUUAUUUCCUCCUCACAGAAGAGGAGCUGGCAAUGUGGGAAGAGGAUCCCGAGAGUUUUGCUGUUGAGGAGACCGGAGGUGAUUCUUGGAAAUACAGUUUGCGGCCAUGUACAGAAGUAUUGUUCUUGGAUAUCUUCCAUAACUACAGCCAGACCCUGACACCGGUGCUCCUGGAUAUGGUGCAGAAACUCCAGGGCCCAACCAAUGUGGAAGAUCCCGUUCAGCUGCUCAUGAAGGACGCAGUUUACAACGCGGUGGGACUCGCUGCCUUUGAGUUGUUUGACAAUGUGGACUUUGACCAGUGGUUCAACAAUCAGCUUCUUGGAGAGUUGCAAGUCAGCCAUCACAGGUACAAACUGAUUCGACGGAGAGUCAUAUGGCUAAUAGGUCAGUGGAUCUCGGUCAAGUUCAAAUCAGACCUUCGGCCUUUACUCUACGAGGUCAUCCUCACUCUCAUGCAGGAUCCCGACUUGGUGGUGCGGAUUGAGACGGCUACAACCCUGAAACUUACCGUUGAUGACUUUGAGUUCCGGACUGAGCAGUUCCUCCCUUACCUGGAGUCUAUCUUUGGGCUGCUCUUCCAGUUGUUGCAGCAGGUGACAGAGUGUGACACCAAAAUGCAGGUGCUCCACGUCAUCUCCUGCGUUAUUGAAAGAGUGAACACGCAGAUUCGGCCAUACGUUGGCUGUCUGGUUCAAUACCUGCCCCUGCUUUGGAAGCAAUCUGAAGAACAUAACAUGCUGCGUUGUGCCAUACUCACCACUUUAAUCCAUCUGGUGCAGGGCCUCGGGGCGGAGAGCAAGAACCUGUACCCCUUCCUUCUUCCUGUCAUCCAGCUAAGCACAGAUGUUUCCCAGCCACCUCAUGUGUAUUUGCUGGAGGAUGGACUGGAGCUUUGGUACGUGACUUUGGAGAACAGUCCAGCCAUCACCCCGGAGCUGCUCAGAAUUUUCCAAAACAUGUCAGCUCUCCUGGAGUUGAGCUCGGAAAACGUGCGCACCUGCUUUCAGAUCGUCAACGCCUACCUGUACUUGUCUCCGACAGAAUUCCUCCAGAACUUUGCCGAAUCACUGUGUCAGUCCUUCUGUGAUCUGCUGAAAGACAUCACGAAUGAUGGACAGGUCCACGUGCUAAAGGUGGUAGAAAUAGUUUUAAAGGUUAGCCCAAUAUUUGGAGCCCAUAUGUUCCAGCCCCUGCUGCCAGCUGUCUUCAGGGGUAUAGUGAACGGCGAGAGAUAUCCUGUGGUGAUGUCCACCUACUUAGGCAUCAUGGGCCGCAUCCUGCUGCAGAACUCAACCUUCUUCUCAUCUCUGCUCACUCAAAUGGCCUCAGAGUGUGGCCAGGAGAUUGACCAGCUUUUGGGCAGUGUGAUUGAGAUGUGGGUGGACCGCAUGGACAACAUCACGCAGCCUGAAAGGAGGAAACUGUCAUCUCUGGCCCUGCUUUCCCUUUUACCCUCUGACAACAGUGCAGUGCAUCAUGGAUGGCUACUUCCUCGUUCAUGGGUUGCCAAAGAUCGCUGGGGACUUCAAUGCUCGUGACAUGAAAAUAGCAGUAUGUCCUUCAUUGAAUAGGCCUUUAUUAUUCACUCUGUCAUUCACUUUGACGCUUACUUUAUUGUCCAGUCUGUGAUGUUUUUCUAGAAGUGGCCAGUACAACCUGCAAAUAAAAGUAGAUGAUCGAUGGUACCCUGGGCCACUCGAUGGAUCUUUUAACAAGUGAAUCAGAGGAAGAAUUAGUAUAAACUGCUUAGAAAAGGGCAAGCACUUAACAAAAACAAAAACUGGAAAUGUGAUUUGUCAGCUCAACAAGUAGAAGAGAAACUACCUUUGUUUUAAUAAAAACUGCUUAAUUCACACCACAUACUGUGUAGUCGUCCAUUGUUUGAAUAAUUCCUGAUGACACAACUCCACUGAAGCGGCAUUAUCCUGCUCAGUGCAACAUGGGGAAACAAAACAGGAAUUCAAAACAUUAAGAUGGAUUAUCCCAGCUCCCUAACAAUAAUAUAAACAAUGUAUCGUUCAAGGAAAUGCAGUUCUCAUCCCUAUUAGAUACAUUAAAUUGGAUAUCUUUACAGUAUACACGGUUGCCUUGGUUAGAUAAAAACGGUUGUUUGUCCAGUCAUUUUUUUUCCAUUUUACUUAAUGGACCCAAUCUCGUAUAUCGUCUUGUGAGUUGGCCGUCUCGUGACACAACUACCGAUCAUGCUUGAGUGAGAUUGGCCGAUCACUCCCGAUAACGAUCACAUCGAUUGACUAUAUAUUUUUCUAUUUAUUAUGAUGAGUGCUAUUGGCUAUAUGAUCUGAAAAAAGGAACCAUAAAAUCACCUUAAGAAGAGGGAGCUGUUUUCGUUUUCAAUUUAGUUUGUGUAACAUUGUGUUUAACAAUGUGCCUUACAGGAUUCCUGGGUUUCCCCUAGGAUUUCUUGAAGCUGUGGUGGUGGGCUGCAUGAGAGGGGGCACUGCGAGCUAUAGAGACCCCUGUGAUAGCAUCACUGUCUAAAGCUGUACACACUACAUGUUUCUGUUGCACAACUUCGACACACAACUAGUGUUUUGAAGACAAACCAUAAGUAGUAUAAUGGUAACAAGAUUGUUAAAUGACACUUACAAAAAGUAAGUUGUGAUGAGGCCGCACAGUGGCCUAGUGGCAUACCCUUAUCCCAGUGAGGAUAAGCGGCAUAGAAGAUGGAUGGAUGGAAGUUGUGAUGAUGAUUGAUGUAUCCCAUGAACAUAAUAGCACUUGUAGCUUCGAGCUGGCUAGAUGCCUCCAGCCAGGCAUGUAAACAAAAAUGCCAAAAAGUGGAAUGAGAUUGAAACGUGAGCGAUCACACAUGCUGGCAUAGAUAUGCUUAGCAAGUGAGAAGUUGCUGUCAAUUGACUACACAUUUUAUGGGCUAUUGUUCAUUCUCUCCAUAAUAAGAAACAAAAUGAAAGUCAACACAACGUGUCACAUAUCUGGUCACAUACGCAAGUGCCAGCAAGGCAGACAGGCGAUUCCGGUGCAUGCUUAUGAAAAUAAAGCGCAGUGAAACAUUUUUAUGAUAUUGUAAGUCGUUUUCAAACUAGUUGUGGUCAAUAUGUGUGUAAAUAAUAAACUAUAUAUGUAUCUAUAUAGUAUAUGUAUCCAGUCAUGCAAUAUAUUACUUAAAUGUUUUUUCAAGUUUUAAACAAAGCCCUCAUUUUUAAGGUGUGGCAGCUUUUAUUUUGUAGUGGCGCACCGCCACAAUCAAUUACAUGUAGCGGAAAUCCUGGGAUACCGUAGUAUUGUGUAAACUAAGUAUCACAAUAUACAGUUUUGGGUGUGUGAUCCAAGAUGGCUGAAUACACAAGAAACCACCAGGCCACCGUGUUGUCCAACACAGAAGUAUAUAGUGUGUGAUUGUUUACCAACAAUUUAGAUUCCAGAAGUUACACAUUACUGAUUGGCCAGUUUGUACAUUGUACAUGUAGCUUGUCACUUUCAGACUGUUUCAGAUUGCAAAUUGGUGUACCCAGCAGCGCCGACCUGUCAGCUGUUAGAAAAGUAAUCACUGCAGGCGCUCGGGAAAAUUAGAACUGGCGGCUGUGCUUAGCCGUCUUAAGAAAGGUCAUGCAGUAUUUUAAGGUAUUUCCAUUCACCGUGUAUGUACUUACAGUAUAUCAGGGGCGUCCAAACUUUUUCCACAGGCUGAAAAAUGAAAGGAUGCAUGGGCCACUGUGAUAUUUUGUAAAACAACACAUGUAGAUAUGCCAGUGCUUCUCAAAUAGUGGGGAGGGCGUGCGGUGAACUGUCAGAGGGGCAGUGAGAGGAAGGGAGGACUGUCAAUAUUAGUGGAGACCUGCCAGCAUGUAUGAAUUUGUCGUACUCAGCAUGCAAUUUGACUCUUGAAUACGCUUGUAUGCUUCACCGCUCUCCAUUUCGUUGCAUUUCGCUAGUUUCAAUUUCGAGUUCAGUCUGUACAGUACAUAAAUAGAUCUUUCUCAAUAGUAUUUCAAAUCUGGGUGACACAAAAACAUUUCUGUCUCCCAGUGGGGGCAUUACAGAAAAUAAUUGAGAACCACUGAGAUAUGCUCAGAAGUUAUACUAUAUACGUAUAUUUAAAGAAAAACACUGCAUCUCAGCUUUCUGAUUUUGG